UAUUCUCUCUCGUUUUCCAAUUGUAAAAUAAAAGGAGCAGAGUCAUAUAUAGUACUACUAUUAUUUUCUUCUCUGAAAAACUCAGUACCCUUUUCCGAGAUCCCGUUCUUGAACGAGUUGAGUGAGUCAAACCGCGAGUUUAAAUGCAAUAUGUAAUUUGAUAUUAAUUAAAUUAUAUCAACACACGUGGACUGAGUAUAAAAGACUAAGACAGUGCUACUAAUAUUCAUUAUUCACUAUAUUUUAUACCAUCAAUUCAUGCGUUACUUUAAUUUUAUUAUAUUAUUAUAUACUUUUAACUUAUAUUAUUACUGCCAUGUGUUUGCCUUGGUUGGUUCAAGUUUCAACCAUAUAAUAUGUCUUUGUUUUUAGUAUGUAAACAGUGGAUCUGAGCUUCAUCUUUCUACUAUCUAAACUCAGAUGGGUCCCUUUUGUUGCAGCACUAGAGCCGGAAGUUUCAGAUAUCUCUGUGGGUUUCUGUGAAGUAACAUUAAUACUUGUUUGUUUGAUUAUAUACAAACACACACACACAUUUGACUAUUAAAAAGGCAUACCAUAUGUUUGAUAUAAUUUACUAAGUACUAUUAUCAUCAUCAUUUUAUGCUGCUGCUGUUGCUGCUGAGUUUUAUUUCUAUGGCUAUCUUUUGAGCUCAUUUUAUAGCUGUUUUGCUUCUUUUUAUCUAUAAGGGGUAGCAACUGCUGAGUCUUUGUUGAGAAAUUUCAACUUGAAGCAGUUCUUGUCUCACAGAUCUAAAGCUCAUUUUUUUUGGUGUGAGUGAAAAUUAAGAGGCAGAGAGAUAGAAAGUUAUAGUCUUUGCUUUAAGGGUAAAAUGAGAUCUAUAGAGGAUAAGGGGUGCUACAACCAUGGACAAGUGCAAGAGAAUAUAUCAAGCAGUAGUGGUUUAGGCUUUGAGUUUCACAAAGGGAAUAAUGGAAGUAAUAAUCGUAUGUCUCACCACCAUGGCCACCACCAUCGUACAGCCUUAGGCAAAUCAACACCUUCUAAAUGGGAUGAUGCACAAAAAUGGCUUGUUGGGUUGUCAAGAGGAGUAGAGAAAAACCAGUCCACCAAAACCAAACCCAGAAACUCAAAUGCAGAUGAUUUGAGACUUAUAGCCCCUGUACCACAAAAGGAACAAGGAAACUCUAGUGGUGAUGAAGAAGAAGAAGAUGAAGAUGAAAGAGUACAAAAAGAGGUACAUGAUUGUGCUAGUUCUGUUAAAAUGACUCAAUAUGAUGUUGAGACAACAAAGAAGGUAGAUGGUAACUAUGAGUCAGUAUGGAGAGUUAACAAGCCUGUGGAAAACUCAACUGCAAUAGUCAGAUCAGUAUGUGUUAGGGACAUGGGCACUGAGAUGACUCCCAUUGCUAGUCAAGAGCCUUCAAGAACUGCUACUCCUCUAAGAGCCACUACUCCUGUGGUAAGAAGCCCAAUAUCUUCAGGCUCUUCUACUCCAGCAAGGUGUCAGCAUCGGCUGCCACCUACUAUGGAAGGCCAACAAACGUUUCCAUUGUCUUCAGAUGGCAGAGGUGAGGCCAACCCUUCUUCUGGCAGAGGAAAUGGUUCCACCAGAAGGUAUGUAGAAGAAGCAAAUGAGUGCAGAAAUAAGGUUGAUCCUAACCAAAAUUUAGAUGAGGGUGGGAAGGUGAAUCCAUUAGAAACCAGAGCAGUGGCUUGGGAUGAGGCUGAGAGGGCCAAAUACAUGGCAAGGUAUAAGCGUGAAGAGGUGAAGAUCCAAGCAUGGGAGAAUCACGAGAAGAGGAAAGCUGAAAUGGAAAUGAGAAAGAUGGAAGUUAAGGCUGAGAGAAUGAAAGCCCGGGCAGAAGAAAGGCUGGCAAACAAGAUUGCAUCCACUAGAAGAAUAGCCGAAGAAAAACGUGCAAAUGCAGAGGCAGAACUGAAUGAGAAAGCUGUUAGAACUUCAGAAAGAGCAGAUUACAUUAGAAGAACUGGUCACUUGCCUUCUUCAUUCUCUUUCAAGUUACCUUCCCUUUGCUGGUAGGUAGCUAGAGAUGUCAAUGGGGCGGAUUUCGGGGUGGGGAGAAAACUUCCCCAUCCCAUUUAAUACCGAGCAUAACCGCCCCGACCCCUUUAAUACGUGGAAAAACCGCUCCCAUGGGGUAGAUUGCCAAGCCUGCUACUGGUAGCAAAUCCAUCAAUGGAUUAUGGAAGCUUGUUUUUCCAACUCUUUUUUAAUUAUACAUAUCGAAGCAUGUUAUUUUUUCUGAAAUAUGUCAUAAAAAUGUUACAUUCUGUAGUAAAGUUCUUGUGUUUUAAGUUCAAUAUUGAAUCAACUUACUGUGAUUGAUUAUGAAGAUUACUUCUGUUUU